AUGGUUCCUGUUUCUUGCUGCUUAGAGCUUUGUCUUGUCAUUUGGCCUACAGAAUUCUCCCCUCCUGACGUUCUCCCAGCGCUGCAAAGGACUCUUCAGGACCUCCGUCUUUCCUAUCUGGACCUCUUUCUGCUUCAUGUACCAGUGCAAAUGGCAAAGCCUUGGCACUCUCCCCCUAGGAGGGAGGACAGGGUGCUGACGUGGCAGAUGGCUGCCACGUGGCAGCAGAUGGAGGCAGCAGUGGAGCAUGGCCUAGUCCGGGCCAUCGGCGUCUCCAAUUGGUCGGUGACGAGGCUGAAGCAGCUGCUGAGCUGGCAGCCUGUGCACCCGCCAGCUGUCAACCAGGUGGAGGCGCAUCCUCACUGGCGGCAGGAUGCCUUGCUGGCAUUUUGCAGGGAUAAGGGAAUACACGUGUCGGCCUACGCCCCUCUAGGUUCCAGGGAUCGCCCUGUGUAUGACGAGUCCCUCAUGCCUCCUGUGCUUCUGGACCAUCCCUUGAUUAAAGAGGUGGCUAAGAAUUUGCACCAAUCUCCAGCGCAAGUGGCUCUGCGGUGGGGCAUACAGAGGGGUAUGAGCGUGCUUCCUAAGAGCAGCAACCCGUGGCACAUCAAGGAGAACAUUGGGCUGUUCGACUGGAACAUACCCCCAAUGGACUUCCAUGCACUCUCCCUCAUCGAACCCCAGAGUUGGAUUAUAUUUAAAAGGGAACCCAUGGCACCAAGUGUUCUCCCUAAGAGCAGCAACCUGUGGCACAUCAAGGAGAACAUUGGGCUGUUCGACUGGCGCAUACCUCCAAUGAACUUCCUCCCACUCUCCCUCAUCGAACCCCAGGUUCGGAUACUGGACUACUAUGGCUACUGGGUCGGAGACAGCCGGCCCUUUCUAGAGCCCGAGGAGCUCUGGAACGAUGAGGCGGAUAAAGUGGGGGAGGGGGACAAAGUGGGUGAGGGGAACAGGAAAGCUUCAAACAAUGACGAGUGGGAGGAGUGA